AUGGGAACUUUGGCGCUGCGGUGGGGAGAGGACUCUAGCCGAAACACGACGGAGAUGGUUUUGCAGGUUACCGGUAUUUCACGCUCUGGAGCCGAUUUGAAUUCACAUAGCCCGGAGAAUAUGGGAGCCACGACAAUUUUCUUGGCCGGAGGGUCCACCUUUGUCGUCGGAGACGAACGCGCCGUGUUAUAUAACUCAAAUGGUACCAUUAUGAAAGCGUUGGUCAAAGUUGGUGUUCCACAGCCGUCGCAAGAGGAGAGCGAGCAACUAAGCGGACCCUCAGAAGAGGAAGGAGCGCUCCAGUUUUUAGGUGUGAGGCGACUGGAGCCAAAACCUGGAGGCCUCUUCGGAAAGCCUAAGCAAACAGGAUUCGCACCUGCCAUGCUCCCUAACGGGCCGCCACCGGCGCCUAUAGGGCCACCCUCAAGCUUCAUGGACGCUUACUGUCGGUACGGAUGCGGAGGCAUGUCAGUGACGUUCCCUUACUACUACCGGCCCUUUUUCGGGUAUGGAUACCCGUUGGUUGGAACAGAAGCUAUGUUCCCCCAAGGAUAUGGCGGAUAUCCCGCUGCUCCUCUGCUGGCAUCACAAGGUGGUUCUCCUGCCAUAAUGGGAGCGUCCGGACCGGUCUUAGCAGGCGGAGUGCCCGCGACAGCUCUUGCAGCCACCAUGAAGCUUUCACCGACAGCCCACUUUUCUUCUAUGAAACACACGCGCGUGUCAGUAUGCGAGCGUCACAUGCUGCAGAUAACUGCGGCCUCCUCGUCUACCUCCUCUGGUGCUGUCGCCACGCCUCUGACGGAAGGCAAUAAGAAAACGAGGAGCGAUCUUCCGUCAGACCCAACCACCAAUUCCAAAGCCACGUCCGGACAAGAGGAAGACCUCUGGGAUGCUGAAUCUUCUCAAAAGGCGCCAGCUUCUUCUCACCAAGAAAACAAUGCUACUGACGGCAGUGCAUCGCCACAGCCAUUAUCUGCGGCCGUCGAGCAGAAGGAGACGAAAGACGUCGACUCGUAUUCAGAGAGUGAUCCUGCCCACAAUGACAAUUUACUCAAGGAUUCUCAAGGCGACAACGGAAAUCCGCUAAUUGUCGUGGAUAAGGAAUUUGUGUGUAACUAUCCCCACGGCGGGUGCAGCGAAUCACCCUCCGACUACUGGUAUAUGACAAGCGGAGUUCUGUCUGCAUGUCGACAAGUUGUCCCUUUAGGCCGAUACCGGUGGUUGCUUGUCCUGGAUUUAGGCUGCGCAAAGCGUCAGUUACCACAUCUUCAGAUUCCCCCAGUUUCCGUCCGUCGAUCGGCUUUCGCAAAAAACAACAGCAGAGGAUAUGACCGAAAAGGGACUGAGGCACGGCAAGACGAGCCAGAUGUCAGAGAGACGAAAAUAGACAACGCAGAACGAACGAAGGCGCAUCCAAAAGCAAACGAUCUGGAAGAAAAAGACGGAAACCGCCGCCUUCCGUCACUGCCUCCCCUACCUGCUCUCUCUGAACUUCUAGAAGACUGCAAAGAAACAAGCAAUCAAAGAGAAACGAAGGAUGACGGAGAAGGCAGUGGCGCAGCGACGACAAAUUCGGGACUUCCGAAGGCCGAAAUAAGGACAAACAACAGAGGAAGCGGCGAAAAAAAGCGGCCCUGGUUCGCUCCCCAGUUCUCCCUUUUUCCAGAAUCAGACUGCAACCACAACGGUUUGGUCGAUGUCCGAUGCGCCGUCGACUGUGGAUGGCAGCCGCGUAUCGGCUCGCAGCAGACACCGGACGAGGUCGGAGGCAGGCAGGAUGCGACCUCGACCAGUGCAGAUGCCACCGGAACUCCACCGCGAAAGACACUAAGGUGCCUCUUUCAGUACGACAAAGAAGGCUUGUGGGGUAUGCGCCAGGAGCAUGUGGGAUCGUGCUUUGUCAUUGAUGGAGGUUGCAAGUCCCCUUUUGAAGAGCGUCAUCGAAUCUUCUGCACUGGCUGGCGAGGGCAGGGUGCCGGCUUUGAUCCCAGAGAUCCUCCUCUUCCGCUAAGCAGCGAUUCCGUCAGCCUUUGCACGGAAGAUGACUGCCGCGACUGCAAUGCCUUCCUUCACCCUCAGACAGGCCUGGUGACUCGGGGGUGUCCGAACGCUACGUGGAAAGAAGAAGGAACAUUCGGGCCGGCAUGCUACGGUCGAAUCUUUCCAUCUUCCCCUCCACAGGGUGCGGGGAGGCACGGCACGAAGGCUGAGUUGAAGCCAUCGCAGGCGAAACCUACGGCAACGCGUCUCGAAGACGGUCUGGGAAGUCGGUUUGGCGCAACCUCUAUGGGAGCCGAGGAGGAAAGGACAGCAAAUGAAAGUCGCACUCGCCAGGUUGAAGCAGGCGAAAGCUCGACAGACGAGCCGCACAGGUGGGCUGUACAGAAGGACGAAAGACACGACUCGGGAGGAGGCGGAGCCGAGGAGAUCUCGGCGCUUCCAGCUGUCUCGGAUGAAGAGGUGGACGAGAAGGACCGAAUGGAAGGCCCAGUGGCGAGGUCGUCGCACCCAGGCGUGCCACUUCCCCGGUCAAUCGACAGAUGGGAAGUGCCUUCGUAUCCGAAUGGAUCUCCAGCGGCGAGCUGUUACAAGACACGUGUUUUCCAAGUGUUCAUCCAGAAGCACGGUCGUGGAAGAGAGUGCAUCGAAACGGAAGGGAGCGUCCACUUCGCUGGCUGCGCAGAGAGUGACGGAUGUGCAGAGGCGUUCGGUGCAGUGGCAAGUCAAUUCCAAUCGUUGGUCGACUCUGUUCUGCACGAAAGAGAAGCGGGUCUCGCCGGCCUGACAACCCUCCGAGGCGGCGAGGAAGCAGUUCUGAAGAAACGACUCCGCCAAGGCUCUACAGAGGGGGACACGCAGGACGAAGACGCGACGACGCAGGAAGUUCUCUUCGCUUCGGGGCAGGCAGGAGACGGCGGACGAAUGCCGAAUGCGCCGAGCAAAGAGACUGGCGAGGCAGACCCCCAUCAAAACAGGCAGCGCACAGCAAAUGUGCCCCAGUCUCUGAGUGACGAGGAAGAAGCAGAAAGACUCCUGGAGUCAGGCGUUUGUCCGGGACGAUGGAGUUCAUGGACCCACUGCGAGACAGACUGCUACGCCAGAAGGUUCUUUACCCUCGCAUCUUCCCCCUUUGCUCCUCCCCACUGCCUUCGAGCAGCGGCCGCUAUGGAACUUACGCAGUGCAGCAAGGCGCCCCCUCUCUGCGGUUCGGUUCUUUCCCAGAGGGCUGACGGCCUUAGCGGUUCCGCCGGCGAGAAAGACACGACCAGAACGGAGUGGAAGCCUACGCUUGGAGAGGAGGAACCGGGAACGCGGGAAGCAGUGAUGGACGAGGGAGACGCUACUGAAUCAAGCGUCUCCAACGAAGACCGAGCGCAAGGGAAGGAUCUUCCUUUCCGUUGGUUGGAAAUCCAUAUCAGACCGGACGGAACCAUGGGAGCAUUCGACCGAGACGGCCAUCGGGCGCCUGUCCUGAUGGUGUCUCAUGACUACAAGGGGCGAUGUGGAAUCGCAGUUGGCGAGUGGAGUUCCUGCGACGGGCUCUGUCGAAGAUUCCGGCUCUUGUCUCUUCGUUCUCUACACAAGGACGAUCGCGCAGAGGAUGGAGCCUGCCCGAGUCAAACCCCGCUGACGAGGGAGCGCGCAUUGUGUGAAGAGCCCACUGUCGCCUCUGUAAAGGUUUCCAAUGCAUUUCAGCAGCAGCAAAACCACCAGAAAAGCGCAUCUGUGCAGAGCGGUCCCAGUGAACCGCGAGACACCGGCAAACUCUGGAGCUGUGCCGACCCCCUGGUGGUGGUGGCCGACUUGAAAGUGUCUGUUCUGCUUGACGCCCCAGGCGGCAGCGCCUCCGAUAGCCUUUGGGCAAACGACCUUGAAACAAAAACCGAUUCCAGUCGCCCGGUGAAAGAUCAAGAAAGAACCGGAAACCUGGAAGAAGCCCUGUUUCAGCUAAGUUUCGUCCGUACCUUAGCACGGUUUCUCGGCCUCCAGCCAUCGGCCCUUAUCAUUGAGCAGUUGAAUCCAGAGUACGCAGAACAACGUGCAAAGAACGACGCGUCUUUUCCAAAAACUGUACAUGAGAACAUCGAGGAGGAUGCAGGCGUUCCUCCCCACUCAGGCCCUCCACAGACACCGGGGUCGACGGAUAGGAAUGCCAGUAAAGAAAAUGUCCUGCAAGUGUCUCAAACAGAUAGCCUCGGGCAGCAGAAUGCGGAGGCAAAGGGAGAGCUUAAGACUGCAAUCGAAGCUCGAGACUCACCGGUUCGACUUUUGGAAGAAACUCCAGGCUCUGGAGAGGAAACAGGGAGGACAACCAUAUUGCCAGCGAAUGGCAAGCUAUCAUGGAGCUCUGCAGAGAGACUGUUGAGCAGUUCAAAAAAGGAAGACGCCAAGCACUCUCGCAGUCGCCGGCGGCAGCUUGCUGACAAAGAACAGGCAUCGGAUUCUGCCUCACAAGCAGCCGAUGGUGGAGACAAGACGGCGGAAGUUUCGCGCGCCACGGAACAGAAUCUUCACUUCCGGCUGAGAAUCCUGACGCCGGCAUUCGCACGGGCUAUGCGGGCUCUGGGUUUAACAGAAAAGGACCGGAAAAUGAGAAAGACGCAGACUUCUCUUUUAUCUGGAGGGGGUGGCUCCAGACUAUACGACGAGGAAGAAAGAGCUAAUGGAAAGAAGAGACGUGCCGCUGACAUUAUGGACGACCUAGAGGCUCUUCAGGGCAGAGUGUUCCGGCUCCCCGGCCCUCUUGACGCACACGUGGAGAUUGUGCGUGUUACUGACAAAACGAGCAAUCUCCGGAAAGGAUUUGGCGAUCCAUCCCUGCUCGACGGGUCGGUGAGUGCCUUCCCGUCCUCACUUGCAUUCCUUGGGCUGGCCGACGUUCGGCCACGGCCUGGUCCGGUGGGUUCCUGGGGGCUUACUGCGACGGCUCCAGUCUAUUUUGUGGAUCCCCUUUUCGAACUCAGUCCACUGGUGCUGUACGUAGUUGUUUUUUGUAUGGCGUGCGGCGGUAUGCUGUUCCUUCUCGCUCUCUGUGCAUGCGUUCGGGAUCGGUGGAGAAAACAGGCGCAGGCUGGUCGGGAGGCUAACGUCGAGCUCUCGCGAGGCCGCGGAGCCUGUGGCCUAGCACCGAACCGAAUUGGUCAUUCCCCACCUUUGGGGCGAGACAUGCCUCUCUGGCCUCAGCCGUGUGCAGAUGGGCAGAACAUGGAACACUCGCGCCCUAUUCCGAUGAGAGACGGGGCAUCUGGCCCGAGCAAAGGCUAUUUGUCCAACCCAAAGUACAGUGUGCACAGCGGGAGGGUCGAGCGGCAGCAGAAGAGCCCCGCGCCGGCGACGCCAAUCCCGUUCCUCUCCGCUGGCUUGGAGCCGACAUUGAUGGGGAAACCAGCAUUCCAGAAUGCAGAAAGGAGAGACGGGAAAUCUACCGGAAGGCCCUCUGGAGUUAGGUUCAGCAAAGGAAGCAGUACUGUGUUGCGUGGAAAUGACUCAGUCCGCGCUCCAGGUAGCACGACAGUGCAGGGGGAGACGGCGCCACGCAGCGGGGAUGCACACGCCGAGAAAUCGGGAGACAGAGGGGGAGCCUGCGGUACCGACACUGCACCAGGCAUCAAGGGUUCCGGCGAGGAUUCGCAACAAAGAACGUCGCAUCUGUCUUUGCUCAAACGGUUGAGAAACUGGGGAGGAACAAGCAGGGAGGGGUCGUACAAACGGUUCUCUCAGCCCACGACACCAGAGGGAGAGGCACAAAGAGAGAGCGAGGGCGGCUGCGGAAAGGCUCUUGCGGAGUCGAGAGAGAGGCAUUUACGCACAUAA